AUGAGAGCUACUGUCCUUCUGUCCCUUGUUCCUUUUAUCCAGGGCGUGCUGUGCGCUACAGACGUCUCAGGUGGCUCACCUGCGACGAUCAACGACCUUCCCUACCUCGUCAGCAUCCUGCGAUCCGGCUCUCCCACCUGCGGUGGUGUGCUCAUCGCCAGCAAUCGUGUUCUCACGUCUGCCCAGUGCGUCUAUGGGGCCGAGGCAUCUCCCUCGAGCUUUUCAGUGAGGACGGGCUCCAGCCAGACAUUGUCGGGAGGAUCUGCAUUCACGGUAUCGAGGAUUGCUCGACACUCUCAGUUCAACCCCACCACCUACGAUUACGACGUCGCCGAGCCCGCGGUUGAGACGGAAUGCGUUGCUUCGGGGUGGGGGGGCUUGGAGAGACAAUUGCAAUCGGUCACCCUCCCGAUCGUGGACCGAGACAUCUGCGAUCAGGCAUAUGGCGGCCGGAUCACCGACCGUAUGAUCUGUGCUGGCGGCGAGGCUGGGAAAGGAACCUGUCCCGGAGAUCGUGGGGGGCCGCUUACUUGCGGUGGUCAACUCGCUGGCAUCAUCUCCCAGACCAAUGGAUGCGACCUGCUCGGUCUUCCCGAUGUUUUUACCGAUGUGGCAAACGCCGGGAUUCAAGCUUGGAUAAAGAGUCAGUGA